AAAAGAUUUGCGUCCUGAAUUCUCUGAUCUUGAUUCAAAAUCACCCACCAUUACCUCUGGAUGGGAACACAUUCAAACCUGAGGCGUCUUCGCGCCGAGACCAUGCUGAGGAACCGCGGAAAACGAAUCUGGGAAGAGCUCAGUCCUAGAAAGCCCAGGAAGGGAACAUCACCAAGGAAGAAGAGGAAGGAGAAAGAGCAGAGGGAAUCCGAUAUCGAGGACCCGGAGAUCAAAGACGCGUCAAGCGAUCCCUUUUCCAUGUCCGAAACAACGGAUGUACACUCUGGCCCAUCAGAAACGGACGCGUCAUCCCCGCCGCGCGACGCAUCUCCCACUCCGAGUCUACCAAACAAAACGGACGCGUCAUCCCCGCCGUGCGACGCAUCUCCCACUCCGAGUCUACCAAACACGUCUCCUGUGCCACAAGACGCAUCUGAUGACCCAUUUCUCACAUGCAUGCAGUCAUUCAAACUCGCGGGAGCAGCAGUUACUGAACGUCCAUCAAGCAUGCUGGGCAGGCAUGCGUUUGUCUGGAAGCUUCCCAAGCCGCCGAAACCGAGACCACGGAGUCCUAGGCCAACUCCAGAAAAGUUGCAGCCGCCUUGCCAAAAGUUGCACGCACCUCAAGAUCCUCGAGAUGCAGCGAGUGUCCCAGAAAUCGAAGAUGAGCUCUUGGCGAUGUCUCUGCAACACGACGAUCAGUAUCCCGGACCAGCUGCAUCGUGUCCCUUCCUUGAGCACAUGCAUUCACAAGCAACUCGGCCUGGGAAACUACGGGAGGCGCCAAAUCUUGGGGAGGCGCAGACGGCACUGGAUUGUGUCAAGGAGUAUCUGCGCGGGGAUUUGCGGGGAACAGAUCUCUUUGGUCGGCGGGGAAUGGGAUAUAAGGAUCAAAAGAUCACGAUGUGCUUGGAGACUUACAGUCACUGGGGAGCCUCCGCUCGGUUCGCUGCAGCUGCACUAGGCCGUGGAGUGCAUUGUGCUCGCGUUCUGGCAGCUCUCAGUCGGCAGUUCAUCCUCGAUCGACAAGUUUUGAAUGUGAAUCCAUAUGGUGAAUGGAUCAAGUGUCGUCGCGUCAUCAUCUGGUACCACGAUGAAAGUAUCUUCUACGCGCAUGAUCGGAGACGUGAGACCUGGUAUCACAAAGAUUCAGACGCACUGCCUUACCGUAAAGGGGAAGGAUAUUCCUUCAUGGUCGCCGACUUCUUCUCGCCAGACUUUGGCUGGCUACGGAACCCGGAUGAUCUAUCACAAAACGCACGCCGUUCCAUGAGACCUGGGAAAAACCGUGAUGGAUACUUUACUUCGGAGGAGGUGUUGGAGCAGGCAAACACGGCUUGUGAUCUUGUCCAGGAGUUGUGGCCGGAAUUCGAUCACAUUUUUGUAUACGACAACGCCACGACACACAAGAAGCGGCCAGAGGGAUCGUUGUCGGCACGGGCCAUGCCCAAGGGGACAUCGGGAAUGAAGAAAGGGAAGGAGGAGGCGAACUUCCUGGUGGAGGUGAACAAGCGAGAUGCGGAGGGAAAGCUGGUCUAUGACACAAAAGGGAACCUGGUCAAGGACAAGAUCAAGAUGACAGGAGCACACUUUGAUGGUCACCCGCAUGAUCUUUACUUCCCGGACGAUCAUCCAAAAUACAGUGGAAAGUUCAAAGGCAUGAAGCUGAUUCUCGAGGAGCGUGGGAUGCAUGAAGAAGCAAAGCUGGCAAGAGAAUGCCUGGGGUUCAAAUAUGCCAAUCGCACGCAUCGAUUUGGAGAUGCGUAUUUCAAUCACAAACUCUCCGGAAAACAGGCAGCAUGGGCUGCAAAGAAAUACUCCGGUCAUAGAACAUACCCUGCUUCAAUUUUGGCUGAGCUUGACAAGGCAGGCAUCCACUAAUCAUACAUCUUGAGGGAUUCACUCCGCUAUAAUUUCUAGAAUGCCUUAAUCUUUCUAGUACAAGCUUUUGUAAUGUAUAUCCACAGUUGCACCUAAGGGAUAGACAAU